GCGAAGCCUCCGAAGGUGCACGGCUUCAGGGGACCAUCAAGGAGAUCGGCCAGGAGGGCGGCCUCAUCCUGUGCCCUUCCGUACCAGAGGAGGUGGUCUUCACUCCCAAGGAUCUGCCACUGGCGAUCCAGCAUAGGGUCAUGUCAGGAGACGCCACUCUGGCAAGGUCCUCGGUGCUCUUCACCCUGGCGCUAGCGCAGGGCGGCCGCCCCUUUGCCAAGGAGGUGAUGAUCAUCCCUGAGCCAGACACGAUCAUGGUGGGAGAGGUGGUUCAGUUCAAUCCCUCCGCAGGGUAUGGCUUUGUUAAGCCGGCCUCGGACUCAAUUUUCCAGCAGGACGUGUACUUCAACAUCAAGGACCUGUCACGGGCCUUGACCCCGGAAGAGCGCGCCACUGGGCUCAUUGGCCUGGCCUGCCGCUUCACUCUGCGCCUUACUCCGGACAACAGGCCGCAGGGCCGCAAGGUGGAGAUGAUCAGCCGGGGCCCUUUGCACGCGAAUUUAUG